AGCUUGGACCUCUGAUUCCAAUGUUAUUGCAGUACUGAUGUUCCUUUUUCGUGUACAUAACAGUAAAACAUUGAUUUGAAUUGCUUGUUUAAUUGUUAUGUAAUGAAAUACAGGUCUCCGACAUUGUUUGAUGACAAAACGUCGAGCUGCGCGGAUUGUCAGUAUAUUACGGUAGGAGGAAGAGUCCAUUUGUACGCUCCGCUGACGUCAGAGGACCCGCUGAAAUUCAAAGUUGGAGAAGGACGCUGCAACACCUGACGACAAGGAGGCUGUUUUCUCAACUUAAUGCAACCUAGUUCAUCAUGGAAGCUGGGCAGGAAAAUGGCAGCAAUGUCACUCUAAAGAGGCCUCUGUCAGACACUGAAGACAACAAUGUCCCUGCAGCAGAUGUAAAAGAUGGACUGAAGCGGCGGCGUCUGGAAGCGGCUGGACAGGAGAACCGGAGUCCUGAGCCGUCCUCAUCUGGACGCCUAGCGGAGUUCCAGGCAAAACCGGACACACCAGUGAUCCCGUCGGUCCGUUCACGAGUCCAGCUGCUCACCCAGAGAAAAGACGGUUUUUUUGCACAGCGUUCUUUCUCUCAUCCGGGAAAUGAAGGCCCAUCGGUUUCCAGCAAGGGUGUCGGUGAGCAUCUUCUCGGUGAGGAAGAAUUUCAUCAACGGCUGGAGCGUUUUAAGGCACCAGCCUCUCAGGCCGACACCACCCAAACACCGAGCCCUGCCAGCUCCUGCCUACGGCCCCGCUCUGGCUUCGUGUCUGGCAUUCAGCAGAAACUGCAGUGCACAACGACGCCCAGCUCCAAACAGGCUUCCAUCAUACGCCAGGAACGGGAGCUGGAGUUAAACCAGCUGCCUUUCCAGCCAAUCAGUAAGAACGCUUGGCUGAAAAGAUGCAGCUCAGAUUCCUCAAUAACUCAGGGAGGGCCUCCUGCUGGCUGCUCUUCCCCCUCCUCAUGGGUUCCUGUGUCUAAAAGGACAUUUUGUUGGCCUCCCAUUCAGCCGUGGGAUGUUCCUGGAGACGUUGAGAUGAAAGAUGGAAGUUUUACUGAAAUGUUGACAUCUGUGGCUACGACACCUUCUGGAAAUAUGGCGGGUGAAGGAGCGGUCGCUGAUGCUCCUGCUGCAUUUAAAGAGCUCAAACUCAGCAGUGAGGAGGAGAAAGAGAGCGUUCCUCAUGGUGAGGAAGCAGGAAAUGAGAACGAGCUCAAGCCUGCAACUGUGAAUGCAGAAGAGCAGCCAGGGUCCCAACACCCAGAGAGCCAGACUGUGUUAAAGUUUUCUUUCAGUGAUGAGCACAGCCUGUCUGACCUGCACACAGCUGAUAAGCACAGCUUCUUGCAAUCAACUCUCCUAGAUGAGUCAAACACGAAGGAAACGAGCGAAGUUUCCAGAGUAACUGAGGUGGAAAGGUCUGAGGUGUUUCCUUUUGACGAAGACGAGACGAUGGAAGGUUCUACAUGUGGUGAAGAGAUUGAACCUUCAACCGAUGAGGAACUAAGGGAGUGGAGAUAUCCUCAAGGAAACGUGUCGGCUGAUGAGGAGGAGAGAGUGUUUAGUGAGGAAAAGGAAGAAGAAAUGGAGGCAGCAAGAGAGGGAAAGGAGAAAGAAAGUAGCUUGAGAAAUAAAAGUGAACCUGCUGAUGAUAGAAGUGCUCCAGAUCUAGAUGUAUCAGAAAAGUCAGCUGGCUUUAGUGAACAACAGGAAGACGAGAAGCUUAGAGCAGAAGAGAAGAGGAGUGAUGGAGAAAACAGAGUAGAUGACUCCUUGAUGAGGAAAUCGGCUUUAAAAGUCAAAACAUUGAGAGAGAAACCAUCAGAAACCAACUUUGAAAACGAAACUCAACCUGGUGGGAGGGAUGAAUGUCAGGGUUCAUCUGAGAUCCAGAUGUCAGACUCGCAUCAGGGGGAGAGGGCGGUUUUAGGUGGGCUGAAAGCAGAAAGCUCAAAAAAAGUCACCUUUAUCCUGGAGCCGGAGCUGAUCAAUGGCUCCGAUUUGUCUGAGGGCGACGCCUCAGAGGAGUCCAGGGCAGACACCAGUCUGUCAGAUUCAGGGUCAGGCUCUCAUGAUGACACCAACUCGACAGAAACCAUUGAGAAGAUGUUUGAAGAGGUGCUGGAAUAUGCUGGGAGCGCAGAAGAGGAGGGACGAGUUGAGGAAGACGCAGAGGAUCAUGACAGUGGCAUCGGUUCUUGUUCUGUUGGAAAGACUGGCGAGAAGAUUGAACGACAGGAAGAGCCCAGAGGAGAGGAACGUGAUGAAAACGAUGAGCUUCUUACUUUUCCUCAAAGCGGCAUCCUCUCUCCUCUCAGCAAGUCGUUUGAAGCUGUGGUUACCCCACUGCGACUGGCUGCGGCCCAAGAGUCUCAUCCUCCACCUUUGCCCCUGUCUCAAGAGGAAAGCAGCACUCCUCCUGAAUCUGCUCCUCUGUACAGCAUCGAUGCUUACCGCACACAAAGGCAACGUAAGCUGCCAGCCAUCCAGAGCGUGACUCCUGUGGUUCAACGGCGAACGCCAGAGACACCGAAGCCCAAAGAGUCUAACACCAAGGAGAAGAUAACGGCUCUGAAUGAAGAAGCUGGGAAACUGCAGCUGGUGAUCAACCAGACGCUGCAGGCGCUGAGCUGCUGCACCGACGUGGAGCACGGACGAGGCUCUCUGGAGGAGGCCGAAGCUGAGAAACUUCUGCUGGUGUCCUGUGAGAAACGGUCUGCUCUGCUGGCAGAGGUGUCCAGACUACGGGAGGAGAGGAGCCUGCAAACUGACGAGGCUCCAAAGGAGGACACAGACUACGUUUCCCAGCAUGCCUGCAGAGGAACCGUCAACAUCACCAGCAUCCAGCUGCCUCUGAAGGUCGAGUUUGUCUGCUCAUCCAACAGCCGUCCAGGUCGACCGAGCCACUACUUCUUCGUCCUGAUCCGCUACGGACCGUGCAAUGUCAUCGCCACGCCGCUGGCCACGGCUGCUGACGCUCAAAAUGGAGACACCAUCUCCUUCCCGACUGCAGUCACACUAAAGGAUAUACGGUCGUCUUUUGAGAUUGACGUUGAAGUCUACAGCCUGUGUACCAGCUCAGGAUCCAGCAGUACCUCAGACCGGACCAGCACCAAGUCCCGUGUCACACCGAGGAAGUUUCUGAACACCCUCACACAGAAAUCCAGCAACAUUUUCACGUCUCCUGCUGCUCUCAACACUCGCCGCUCCAGUAACUUUUCCCUGGUGGGUUCCCACAAGAUCACCUUGGCUUCUCUGGGAUGCAGGAAAUUUCCUCUCGAUAAGAUGAAACUUGAUGGCAAAAUCAGGAAGCUGCUGGGAGAUGAAUUUCAGGAAAAGGUGCCAUUUCUUUCACCACUGGAGGGCCACAUCUACCUGAAACUGGACAGUGAGGGCCACUCCGAUGUGCAGCACCAAGGCUUCCUGACGAUGUUUGAGUUGAUCAGUGGAUUUGGCGUGUGGAAUCGGCGAUAUUUUGUUCUGGAGGAAUGCAACUUGUCCUACUGGAGCAACCCAAAUGACAGGGAGACCAAGGAAGCAGAAGGCAGCAUCUCUCUGUCCAGGUCUCCUAGUCAGUGCGUCAGGCCCGUUAAGAGAGAUUCAUGUGCUCGACCUUUCACCUUUGAGCUGGUGAACGCCUCUCAGCAGGAAGACCAAAACCAGGAAGCGCUGUCCAAGUGUUGGUUCUCGGCCGACACCAAGCAGGAGAGGUUGGACUGGAUGGAGAAGCUCAACCAAGCCCUGCUGGACUUUCACACGUGGAACCGUCCCCCGGCUGAGAACCAGGCGCCCAACACGUCCAAUAUGUCCAACACGUCCCACAUGUCCAACACGUCCCACAGCGGGACCCUGACGGAGAGCAUCCUGUAGUCCUGGAAUCAGCUUUUAGGUUUUGGUAUGAGCCGAUAUGUGGGAUUAGAUUAGAGCUGUGGGAGACAUGAUGAAACAUCUCAUGUUUUAUUGAUGGGAGACGUGGCUAAUUCAUUUUUCAGUUUUAAUCCUAAUCUAUAAUUGUUG